AUUUCACCCUGCGAGAGUCUGAGCCCGGGGACAGUUAGCGGAGUCAACAGAAAGGAGCUGCGCCUAAGUGUAAAGGAGCCUGGGAGGCAGCUCGCGUCGGUUGCAGGUUGCAUGGUAAUCUGAACUUGAUGCAUGGCCGUUGCAUGACAGCACUGAGUCUUGUCGUUGGACUGAGAGCACGCAGCUGCAUCCAUGGCUCAAACCGUGCACAUGAACGGCAGUGGCCCAGAAAGGGGACAAAGAUGCCCAAGCACAGAAGACGAGAAGGACUCUGAGGCCCCUUACUAUGUUGAAACUCCUUAUGGUUAUCAGUUAGACCUGGACUUCCUCAAGUAUGUUGACGACAUUGAGAGGGGCAACACCAUUAAGAAGCUGAGUAUCCAGAGGAAGCCCAAAGUGCCCAAACCCUUGGUGGUGCCCCGGGGCAGCACUGGUGGGGUCAGCGCUCAGGCUGAAUGGACCUCCACAGACUCCCUGUCUUCCUCAAACAGCGAUGGCAAGCAGUCCCCAGUCUUCUUCACCAACAGGGGUGCUGCUCCACUGACCCCCACCCUCUCCAGGGCGACCUGUGAGGUGCCUCUGCAUCAGUCGUGCUCAAGCAUCACAGAGCAGAAACAGCUCCUUCCCCCGCCUUCUCCCAGGUUUGCCCCCCGGCACAACCCCCAAGUGGAGAAGACCCUCAUGGAGACCCGUCGUCGGCUGGAACAGGAGCGUCUGCUCAUACAGCCGCUUAGCGAGCCUCCGAUGCCCCGCCGUCGUCUCGCUAGCUUUGGCGGUAUGGGCUCCAGCAGCUCACUGUCCUCCUACUCUGGCUCCAUAGGCCCAAGCCAGAUCUCUCCCAGCUCCCAUCAGACUCUGCCCAUCAACGGUCAUCUCCCUAAUGGAGAAUAUAACUCCUAUUACCCACCAUCCAGGGGCAGCUCCAUCCGCCACAGCCCCAUGAGCUCUGGGAUGGCCACUCCAGUAACUAACGUCAGCCCGUUACACCUGCAACAAAUCCGGGAGCAGAUGGUUGUGGCUCUCAAGAGGCUGAAAGAGCUCGAAGAGCAGGUGAAAACCAUUCCUAUCCUGCAGGUGAAGAUUGCUGUUCUGCAGGAGGAGAAAAGACAGUUGGCUGCUCAGUCAAAAAGUCAAGGUCUCGGUGGCUUCCGCAAACGCUCCUACAGUGUAGGCUGUGCUGACCAAAUGGAAAACCUGGGCCCCAUCCAAAAGGAAACAGAGCUGCACAUCAUGGAGCCAGAAGCCAAGGAGCAGAGCGCUCAAAGGCUGGAGGAGUUCAGACGCCUGGCUGCUGAGGUCCAAGCACUGGAGAAGACUUCCCAGGACAAUACAAAUGAAAACCAGCCUCAAAACCUCACGCAGAACCAAGCCCUCCAUAAAUCCAUUGGUAUAGUUACUGAUGAAAAUAUGAAUAACCUUCCUGCCACUCAAAGGAAGCCGCAGAAAGAACGUUGUUUCCAGGAUGCAGGGGUAGCGACAGAGCGGCUGGAAAUCCGGAGCGCUGCAGUUGGUGUCACUGAGGCCAUGCUGGGCAUGACCACUGAAGCUGAAAAAGAGAUUGAGCUGCAGCAGCAGACCAUCGACGCCCUGAAGGACAAGAUCUACCGCCUUGAGGUGCAGCUCAAAGAAACAACUCAUCAGAUGGAGAUGGGAAAGCUAAAACUGGAGCUCCAAGCUGCUGGUGGGUCAACUAAGAAGAAAGCAGACAAAGGUUUGAUGGUCAGGCCGGAGAUGUACAGCAUCUGUGUGGAAGCUAAAGUCCAGACACGCAGCCAGGGAGUGGGUGAACAUCUGGAAUUCAGCCAUGUUAGCACUGCUAAAAGUCCACAGACCCACACUAGAGGAGUGUCCUGUCAGCCUACUGUCCACAGUGUUGCCACAGGACCAGACGUCCCUAUGGACCGGUGGGUGGUGCGUGAACAUGUGGAGGUGAAUGACCAGUGCGUAGGGGUCCAGGUGGAGACAUGUCACCAGCAGGUAGGUGAGGAGCUCAGUGUUUGUGAGGUGGGAGUCAACACAGAGGAGGUGGUGGACAGCUUGACCCUCAGCAAAGCCACGACGGAGGCAAGCAAAGAGUGGCGAUCAGUUGGCUGUGGAGAUUGUUUAGUCGAUGUGGUCGUUAGUCCCAUCAAGACAUUGGUGUCACAAGGAACUGAUCCAGAUUGUGUCACUAAAGUGGACUGUGCUGUCAUGGCGGCUCCUGAGUCAGCGACUCAGCAGACCAGCACCGAGAUGGAAGCUGCAGAAAAGUCCACGAACACAAAACAUGUUGUCCUCACCGACUCAUUCACUGCCAUGGAGUUGCUUACUUGUGAUAAGCAAACCAACACAGUGGUUACUGAAACCCGGACCAUCGCUGCUGGAGAAGGACUCGUUAAAGACGUUCACUCAACAGCAAAGAUGCGUUCGAUUGCUGUUGGAACCAUCACAGAUGUGGAGCUAAUCCCCAGCAAAUCAAGCUCAACUAAAACCAAAGAAUGUGGGGUGGGACCAGUAAGCAUCCAUGAGAAUUUCUUGGUUGGUUUAAAAACCAGAAACAUAGCAUGUGGCCCCUCCCAGCCAGCUGAGUCAAGCAUCAGCAGCAAGGAGACCGUGGAGGUGAAGACUGAGGCGGCAGCCCUGCAGACGCAAGGCGGCGUCAGCUUGGACCAUUACAUCGAGAGGGUGCAGAAGCUGCUGCAGGAGCAACAAAUGCUGCUAGCUGAGAACUACACCGAACUGGCAGAAGCUUUCGGACAGCCCCAGUCCCAGUUUGGGGUCAUCAACAGUCAGCUGGUCAGCACGCUGUCGUCCAUCAACUCCGUCGUGAAGUACGGGAGCGCCGAGGACAUCCUGAAGCUGCAGUCAGACUCUGCGAGCUCAGAAGAGAGCAGUCAGCAGCUGCAUCUGUCCUCUGUCUGGACGCAGCGUGUGGAGAUGUCACCUGAACUCUCAGCAGCAGAUAGACCUGCAAACGCGCCGUCGCAGCAGCAGCACAUCAGUGCAGCCGAGCAGAAGAGCCGCAUGGACCGCCAGAUGUCUACAGCGCUACAUGGGCAGAACACCCUGAAAUCCAUCAUGAAGAAGAAAGAUGGCCGAGCCGACUCCAACGGCACGAAGAAGAACCUACAGUUCGUCGGGGUGAACGGAGGAUACGAGACUACGUCGAGUGACGACUCCAGCUCAGAGGACAGCAGCUCCUCUGGCUCGGACGAAGAAGAGGAGGAUGAGGAGAAGGAGUGCGGAGGAAAGGAGGGAUACAAGAAAGUGGAGGGAGAGCGCAGCAGGGAGGAGUUCCAGCCCGAGGGAGCAGAGGAUGUGGACAAGAAGGAGGAAGAGGAAAGUUCAGAGAAGCAGGAGACGAGAGAGAGGUACGAGCUGAGUGAGAAGAUGCUGGCUGCGUGCAACGUUCUCAAAUCUCACCUCAGUGACCCCAAAUCUGUGAGCAGCAAAGACCUGAGAGGCUGUCUCAACACGGUGCAGCACGAAUGGUUCCGUGUGUCCAGCCAGAAGGCAGCGGUGGCAGCCAUGGUGGAGGACUACCUGGGAGCCUUUGCCGGCGUUUUUCCAGCUGUGCUGAGACACAUCGUCAAUAUGGCCGACGGCAACGGCAACACGGCGCUGCACUACAGUGUUUCACACUCAAACUUCCAGGUGGUGAAGAAGCUGCUGGAUGCAGACGUGUGUAAUGUGAACCAGCAGAACAAGGCAGGAUACACCCCCAUCAUGCUCGCUGCGCUCGCGGCCGUGGAGACGCCCAGGGACAUGCGCAUUGUGGAGGAGCUCUUCAGCAAGGGUGACGUCAACGCCCGUGCCAGUCAGGCUGGUCAGACGGGGCUGAUGCUGGCGGUCAGUCACGGCAGGAUGGACAUGGUUCGGUCCCUGCUGGCUCACGGCGCCGACGUCAACAUCCAGGAUGACGAGGGCUCGACGGCGCUGAUGUGCGCCAGCGAGCACGGCCACGUCGAGAUCGUCAAACUGCUGCUGGCCCAGCCCGGCUGUGACGCCACGCUCAGCGACAGCGAUGAGAGUACUGCUCUGUCCAUAGCUCUGGAAGCGGGACACAAGGACAUUGCAGUGUUGCUUUAUGCACACGUCAACUUCUCCAAAGCCCAGUCACCGGGAACGCCUCGACUCGGCAGAAAAACGUCCCCAAGUCCCACCCGGAGGGGAAUGUUUGAUUAAACCCACCCUCUGCUCUGCCCACAAACCCUGCGCUGCUAUUGGUUCUCGUGCACGACGCCUUAUCCACAGCGGGAUUCACCCCAACCAACCAACCAAUGAGAUUUCUGGAUUUUUUUUUUUUUUUUUUUUUUUUUUUUAUAUAAUUUUAUAAGCACAUUUGCCUCCACAGUGAGCCCAAAGUGCCCUUUGAAUAUGAAUGUAAGCAGCUGGUGCCUCUCAUCCCAUCAGAUUGUAGCUGAAACAUCUCAAAAAUCACAAACUACUGGACACGCUUUAAAAUAUGCCAUUUUUUCUUUUUAAUUUUUUUAACUUAAUGCUCAGUGUUGAUCAGCGAGAGCACCAAACCCUCUACAUUUGUGAUUUAUUUUUAAUAAUGUUUGAGUGCAUCAGAGAUGGAGUGAUCCAGCCAUCCUGUAUAUACCGCUCGCCUCUACAUCCCGUCUCAUCACUGCGACUCAGUGAGCGGACGUGACCUAGACUGGAGAAAUUUAACUUUUAUACAAAUGAUUUGUAUCUAUUUAAAAACAAAAAUCACAGUAUUUUGAAUAUUUCCUUCUACUACUUAACAAUCCACGAGGUUAUAUAUUUAUCAGAAUAUAGUUUUUAAUGCAAAGAUGUAUUACAUUGUACAUACGGUGGUCGUUUGACUUUAGUUAUUCUCCUUUUUGUCUUUGUCCACUUUCCUUCUGUGUAAAAUAAGAUGUCCUCCUCUAGUAUUCAUCAAGGUACUGACGUUCAUCUUCACAUGAGAAUUGAUGUGCCUUAAACUUCAUCAUGUAACAAUAAACAUCAAUUAAAGAGUUUAAAUCCA